UGGGGACCGUGGUGACGUAUAGCUGAGCGAGCUGGCACAGCUUCUCGUGGACCAGUCAGAGGAGCGAAAUUGAAGCUGACAAGACUUUUCUGGCAUUUUGGAAAAGACUGUAAUCUACUGUAGGGGAGAACAGAGCCGCUCAAUCACCGCCGCUGUAAAUAGGAGACGGAAGGGAGUGAGAAAGGAGGCGAAGAGAAAAAGUGCUUGCUGGGGGGGGAGGGGGGGCGGCAUUUUUGGUGGAUGGUAUGAAGCCAGCCAUGGAAACUGCAGCGGAGGAAAAUGCAGAACAAAGCCAAGAGAAAAAAGUGAUCACCAGACCAGAAAUGGAAAUUGGCAGGUACCACUGGAUGUACAGGAGUUCAAGGCCACACCGGUACCAUCAUGUGCCAGCAUUGAGAGGCAAUAUUAGUCCUUUGGGGAUUCAAGGUUGCUUUGAAUGUUGCAUUAAGUGCCUAGGAGGAGUGCCAUAUGCUUCGCUCGUGGCAACCAUUCUCUGCUUCUCGGGGGUAGCGUUGUUUUGUGGCUGUGGCCACGUGGCACUCACGGGAACUGUGUCUAUCCUCGAGCAGCACUUCUCCACGACUGCCAGUGACCAUGCUUUGCUGAGUGAAGUAAUACAGCUAAUGCAGUAUGUAAUCUAUGGCAUUGCAUCAUUUUUCUUCUUAUAUGGAAUAAUCCUUUUGGCAGAAGGUUUUUAUACCACAAGUGCUGUGAAGGAGCUGCAUGGAGAGUUCAAAACAACAGCCUGCGGCCGCUGCAUCAGUGGAAUGUUUGUUUUCCUCACCUAUGUGCUUGGAGUGGCCUGGCUCGGGGUCUUCGGCUUCUCAGCUGUGCCUGUCUUUAUGUUCUAUAACAUAUGGUCAACUUGUGAAGUCAUCAAAUCUUUUCAGACAAAUGUGACCGUGCCAGGGGACCAGAUCUGCGUGGACAUCAGGCAAUACGGUAUUAUCCCUUGGAAUGCUGUACCUGGCAAAGCCUGUGGCCCAAUUUUAGAGAACAUCUGCAACACAAAUGAGUUCUACAUGUCUUAUCACCUGUUCAUUGUGGCUUGUGCUGGAGCUGGUGCCACUGUCAUAGCAUUGAUCCACUUCCUCAUGAUACUGUCUUCUAACUGGGCCUGCUUAAAGGAUGCAAGCAAAAUGCAGGCCUACCAAGAUAUCAAAGCAAAAGAAGAGCAGGAGCUUCAGGAUAUCCAGUCUCGGUCAAAAGAGCAACUCAAUUCUUACACAUAAAUGUUUGCCACAGUAAUUCAGCAGAAGAAUUCUGUAGCUCUGACAAAUCAGCAAAUAGCUGCUCUGCAGUACAGAUGUGUGUCUACCAAACAAAAUUAGAAGUGUAAAAGCUUCACAUUCCAGCUCCUGGAAAACUUUUUUAGGGAAAUCUUCCCAUGGGUAAUCUUCCAUCCUUUCUAACAGAGAAUGGAUGGUUUAUUCCAGGCAUUUUAAAAGGCAACACUUUACAAAAAGUGACCAAAUUAUUCUUCUUUGAGACUUGUGGUAUUUAAUAUUUGACUUGUUCUACAGCAUGCCGCCCUGCACAAACGCUGGCAGGUGCCGAGCAGGCAGUAGAUCUGUGCAGACCUCAGGCACAGGCAUGGCCUGCGACUGAGCACCUCCCAAAGGAACCCGUGCCCAGCUGGCAUUUCUGAGAGGAGCUCGUGUUUGUGUGGUGGCACAGCUGCAGCACCUCCCAGGUUGCAGGGGGGCUGUUUGGGAACGCCCCUGCCUGGGCCACGGGAGCAGCUCCACUCCUGUGCCACACGCAUCCACGAUGAGGCCGUCAUGUCCCUGUGCUCACCUGAGUGUCGAGCAAAUGUCCCAGUUUCUAAUCUUUUUAUUAACUAUUUAAUGGAAUGUAGAUCCCUGGAUCUGGAUAAUGAUCCCCUUCUUUGAAAAUAAAUGUCAGCUUUGCCUUAAUAUUUAUUUUCUAUAAAUGUCUUAGCAUUUAUAUAGUGGCAGGAGACCAUUAUCCUACAUUUUAAGUAAGUGAAAGUGUUACCUUAUUAAAAUGACACUGAUCUGACUAUUCCAAAUGAGCGGAUGAGAAAGUUUGCAGAGUUUUACACUAACAAUAAAAUUUGCAGCCAUAAAAUACAGGAUGUCCACCUUUCUCUAUCUUGGUGCUUAGCAAAUUUAUAGUCAGUGCUUAUAUGUUUUCCUUUUUACAAAUUAAUUAGCACACUAAGAAAACAUGGUGUUCAGAAAAAAACCCAACAAACAAACUGGUGCCAUUUUAAAGUCAUUUCCCAUAGAAGUCUGCCUUCUAAUUAAUGGUUUUUUUCAGAAGCAUUCAGUGAUAUCUUGAGUAUUAGUGAUGGUAUAUUUGGUGUUUGUUCUAUAUGAUAUAUAUAUAUAUAUAUAUAUAAAUGUUGGGGGGGAAAAGUAAAAAUACAUCAUUCAUUUGAAAAAAUUAAAUAUUCAAGUCAUACCCCUGCUAAGCUGAUGUGUGGUUUGGUAGUUUUGACUGUUUGCUGAAUAUACAUCAAAGGAAGCACAAAUUCCUUCAAAUCAGUAUUAAGAGAAAAGGCAUUUUUUGGGGGGGUAUCAACUUCAAAUAUAAUUUCUUUUGUUAAAUAUUGAAGUCUAAUUUGACAGUUUCAAAAAAGGGGCAAAGUUGAUUGAUGUAGAGCAAAUAUGACAAAAUAGCCUAGUGUAUGUUCUUACCUGUUGCAUGAAGGAGACAUUUCUACAGCAAUGCAGGUGAUGUUCUAGCCCAGUGUUUGCAUAAGGGUAAUAAUGGAGGCAGUGUCUUAAAGCCUAAUUCUUUUCUAAUUCAGUGUAGCUAUUACUGGGAGUUUUUGAAGUUUUGUUUAAGUAGUCUAAUAUUUUUAUGUAAAGAGCAUUAAAUUUUGCUAUGUAUAAAUUUUUGUAACCUAACAGUGAAUCAAUAUUUUCUAUCAGUGCCAAGGGCUUCCUGUAGUUACAUCCAAGUGUUAAAAUAAAUAUUUGUAGAUAAUA